ACGAAAGGUAUCAGUUUCUGUGCUAUGUUACAGCAUACGGCAGGGAGCUUGUGACAGCCUUCAUCUACCGCUAGAGGGAGCUAUAGAAAGAAAGUCCAGUUGAUACACUCGGUGUCACGAAUGCGUAAUAACUCCAGUCUACACCAGCAGAAAUACUGAUUCAAUGGAUGACUGACUUCGAGGGCCGUGGGGGGGACGAGAAAUAUACAACUGGGUGUUCAUCAACGGUUUAUAUUUGCCAGACAAGUUUGGAGGAUUAUAUCCGCUUUAAGGGGGCGUAUCCACAGUGCGUGUAUUUGACUUGAUUUGAAAACAACGCCUUUGACAGAUUCUGUUUCUUAACGAAGAUGAUCCAACACUAGAGGGACUGUCGGUCUGCAGGGGUGAUGAGCAACCAACCGAAACCGAAAACCCAGCACGUGAAGCUGGUGUUGCUAGGCGACCAAGGGGUAGGAAAGUCCAGCCUGGCGCUCCGGUUUGUUCGCGGGGAAUUCCACGAGAAUAGCGAGGCUACAAUUGGGGCCGCGUUCCUGACGCAAACCACGAAUGUGGACAACCAUUCCAUCAAGUUCGACAUCUGGGACACCGCGGGGCAGGAGCGCUACCAUAGCCUGGCUCCCAUGUACUAUAGAGGCGCACAGGCCGCAAUUGUCGUCUACGAUGUCACAAGCGCUAAUUCUUAUAACCGAGCGUUGUCAUGGGUACGAGAGCUUCGACAGCAAGCAAACUCCCAGAUAGUCCUGGUUCUGGCGGGAAACAAGGCAGACAUGGCAGGCCCAAACAGAGCCGUUCUGACAGAGGACGCAAAUGCAUACUCGGAAGACAACGGGUUGAUAUUUGCCGAGACCAGUGCUAAAACUGGAAUGGGAGUCAAUGACAUCUUCAUCAAAGUCGCACAGAAACUGGCCCGCCGACUCGACCAGGGGGACGCGCUGGACGGAAACAGAGAUGGAGUCAGGUUAAAAGGGGAGCAAGGCGAAAAGAAGAGAGGUUGUUGCUAGGCAACCAAAUAAUUGACAGAUCUGUAAAAAUAUACUCGAUUGUACCUGGUAAAGGACCUGUGAUAAUACUUCCACUCAGCAGCUCUGUGUCAUAUUUAAAGCAGUAACAGUCUUUAAACGCGCGGUAGUGUGUAUAUAAUUGUAUCUCCGAUGUAUGUUAUGGUGCAAAGCUUACAUUAUAGUUGUGUAUGGACACACCUUUAUGACUGUAUCAUCAUCUUCCCGAGGCAAGAGCGCCCAUUAGCCUUUUUAUCCGAGUCUUGUUUCCACCCUUGCCACAUCAACCCCACUUUCCUGUGCUAAAUAUGAUUGGACUAUCGCGCAUAUCGAUAGUCCAAUCAGAGAACGUUUCACAAAAUCAACAUCCACGACAGGUACACCUUCGUAUGAAAGUGCUUCACCGCUGCCUGUCUUUGUUGACACGAAUAUGUCUUUUUCAUCUUGUAAAGCCCACAACGAUUGCCUAUGUUUUUGUGUCAGGGAUGAAAUCGCGAACGUUUUUGUUAUCUAAUCGACGAGGUCGUCGCCUAUGGUUGUCGCUUUUUUUUGAAGCUAUGCGAGACAAGAACGGCGAUCUGAUUGGAUACCGCGUUUUCAUUACAAGGGGCUCUUGGUCUACGCGAGGUGGCGCCAGGGUCUAGCCAAGAAAAGUGGCCUUGACUAUGGCAAGGGUAGAAACUAGGCUUUGAUUUUGGCUAGUCGACAUGCUUGCCUCGGGAAGAUACUAUAUUGAUGUCCGUUUCAUUGAGACUAUUAGCAGCUCUUCGAGGAUUUGUCAAAAAGAUGAUUAUUAUCCUUCCAUCAUCUGUCAGCAUCACACCUAAGUGAUGACAUCCACGGCUUGCGUCACUCGGACACGACAUUAUAUAAUAUUACACCAUUACGGUGACGUCACGCCAUUGUUCUUGCAGUUGAUUCAGAGCCAGCAAUUCGCUGGUCAUUCUGAACGUGCAUUUUUAACAAGUAAAGCUAAUACUAUAGGUCAUUAUGCACAAUUAUAAAGAAAUUAUAUCAACCAUAGAAUGGUUUAAUUCGGCGAAAUCACUCGAAUCUGUUGAUUCAGGAAGUAGAAUAUACGAACAACUUCCGGUAUGAACAGAUUCGUGAUUUCGUCAUUGCUGAAUAUUGUUCAAGCGGCGUUGUGUAACUGUAUAGCUAUGUUUCGCUCUUAUGACGUUCAUAUAGGCCUACCAGUUCAACAAUGCUCACUUCAAUCUUACGCGGCUGAAUGUCCUGGGUUAACCCCAGCUAUUAAGGGGCUAUGAUCGAAAUAACAAAACCCACCAGUCUGGUAUGUCCAAGAUUUUGUAUUUAGUUCAGAUAUCGUCAACUUUGAAAAGUCAUGCAGACAUCUCUCCGGCUUCUCCGGCUUCUACCGGCUUCUACCGGCUGUGCAAAUAUCUGCUUAUUAAGAGCCGCGGUUUUUUAAAGAAAUAUGCCAACCAGAUACGUCAAACAUCUGAAAGGUAAUGGUGUAAUUACCGCGCAGGUAUCGUCCAACACACAUUGAAGCUCUUGUACCGAGGGUCACAAGUACCCCCGCUUCUAUGACAUAAGUAUAUUUAUUGAUUUCUCCUAUGUGAAAGUCAGGAAGACGGAUGCCCAGUCGCUUGAGACGUAUAUAGGCCCCUGACUAUGCCAGGAUCCGCGGGUUCGAAGCCUUAAUUCACCCUUAUCACGAUCCAGGGUCUGUCUUGGCCCUCUGAGAAUGUGGGUUUCACUAAAAUGAUACACGUGACUUCCGCCUUUCCUCCCCCCUUAGGUUGACACGCUGUGAUAAAACUUGAAUACUGUCCCAAGAGGCGUUAAUCACAAGUCACUCACGAACUCUCUUGCCUUAAGAACUGAUGGGGCGAAUGUCCAUCCAUAAGUGGCUCAUUAUAAAGAUAAUCAUGAAUGUAUCCGACUUGAAUAUCAAUGUGUGUGGUCUGUUGAUGAUUGUGUACGAGGACAUUGACAACACUAGAUGAUAAUAGAACUGUUCUAAGGCAUGCUGUACUUAUUAAUCCUUGUAUAAACUUCCUGUGGCAAAGGAAACGACAUGUAGGAGUUUUUAAUAAAAUUCUUGCUUUAGAAAAGAAACUUUGAAUUAUGUUGAUGUGUGAUGUGAUUUAAUACUUGUAGUCAUCUACUAUUGUCCUGCUUUAAUCAUUGAUUGUAUUUGCACUUAAAACAAAUAAAAACGUUUACAUAGAAA